CCCCAUCCUCUGCGUAGCAGCGUAGCCAUCCAUGGGCAGCAAUGGCGGAGACGAGGCCUUCCCCUUUGCCGGCGCCGCCUUUAGCGCCUUCGUAGCUGGGCAUGAGCCUGGGGCUCUGCCACCGCCGGCAAGGGAAGAGCACGGCAAGGGUUGGGAGCUGGUGCCCUCCGCUAUCUACGACGACUGCUCAAUCUUCCCCCCUAGCCAUCACGAAGGUCUCCAUCUCCGGCAGGAUCCCGAUGCCCAUCCAUCUCUUCCAUCGGAUCGAGACACCGAACCAUCAUCGCCGGUGGUGGAAAAGGAAGAGUGGGCGCGGAGAGCUCGGAGGGUCUCGGAAUCGGCCAGGAGAUUGGUUGCUUGGGGAGUGGAGCUCUUUGAUGAUAAGAUUGGAUUUAGUGGAACUGUGUGGCCGUAUGCAGCAGCAGUGGUGGCGGUGGCGGCGGUGGUGCUGGCGAGGAGGAGGCACAGGAAGGAGAAGAACAACCUGCUCCUCUUGCUCCUUCAAGAGAAGGAUCAGAGGAUCAAUCUCCUGCUUAAUCAAAUCGAGUUAAUGAGAGAAAUCAUAGCAGCAAACAAUCAAGUUUACCAUCCUGCGGAAAGCUUGACCGUGCUUUGGCUUCUUGAGGUCCAAAUAUAUAUAAGAAAAGAUGAACUGAACCAAGCUCCUUGGCAUCCAGGGUAGUCUUUUAAGCUACUGCAUUGUGAACAUUCAAGCCUCUUAGUACUUUGGAUGACUUCUCAGAAUGCUGGUGAUAAUGGGCAAGCAAUGUACAGAUAGGUGCCAUGAAAAAUAGGUAAAUUAUUUAAUGUAUUGACUUUAUGAUAAAUACAAUACUCCCAAUUGUUACACUUUCAUCCAACACAAUUUUCAUGUAAUUGUCAUAUGAUAAAAUGACUGAGCAAAUUGUAUUGGGUAGUUCUCCAAUUUAACAGGUUCCAAUAUAUUGAAUUUAA